CCACUUACAACACAAAAUAACUGACUUAACUGUCAUGUCCCCUCUUUCCUAGCCUAGUACUAUAAAACUCAAACCCAAUUCUUGGCUACUUUGAAAAAAAGAAAAUUGCAAACUCUAAACUCUCUGUAAUGGCUUCGAAAAGUACAGCAGUUACCUCCAAAAUCUUGAAAAAUGUCUUAUUUUUCUCACUCUUCAUCUCUGUAAUUUCUUACGAGUUUGAAGUUGGGGAAGAGACAGGUUGGGUUACACCAACUGGGAAUGAGCCUGAGACUUACAAUGAGUGGGCUGCCAGAAACAGAUUCCGCAUUGGAGAUACUCUUCAUUUCAAGUACCAUAAGGACUCGGUUCUGGUGGUGAAUUCUGAGGAUUACUUAAACUGCAACACCUCAAAUCCUAUCACCAAAUUCCAAGAUGGAAACACGAUUUUCAAAUUUGAUCGCUCGGGGUUCUUUUAUUUCAUAAGUGGCCAGUCGGGGCACUGCAAAUCUGGCCAAAGGCUCAUUGUUCGUGUAAUGCACCCUUCUGAAAUUGAGUCUCCGGAGUCUGCUCCUUCGCCGGCGCCGGCUCCACUAUCAAGCGGCGAUGAUGGUUGGGAUUCAGCCGAUUGGGGACCGCCGGGAAUCAGUUCAACCACAAAGCUCGCUGUAGCAUCUUAUUACGUGACUUCUUUUGCAGUCAUAUUAGUUGUUCUAUAUUAGUCAUUCAUUCUAUGUUUAAUUUGCUCGUAGAUUACGUUUCUUUCAUGUUAGUUGGAUUCUUAAGGUAUUUUCAUUGUAAUCAACUAUGAUUCUUGAUAGCUUUUUGGGAUUUAAAGAUUCAUCUCUAUCCAUGGCUGUACCAUUGAGG